CCAGCCGCGCCCGCCCCCAGUGCGGGGGCGACGGGCAGGGCGCAGGGCGCUGGCGCCCGCACGCGACGCGCGAGGGAGUCCGGAGGAGCCGGGCGUUUGGGGGUUUUCGGCUACCACCCCCUUGCGCCCGGCGCCCGUCUCCGCGCGGCCCGCUAUUUGGUGUGCGAUGCCAGCGCCUUCCGCCCCACGCCGCCGCUCCCGGCACCGGGGGUUCG